AUGAUUCACAGCAGAGCGGAGCCUCGGGACUCGCCCUCUGACAUGCAGCUGACGGGAAAGCUGGCCCUCUCGGCUGCGGCUCUGCUCCUGGUAUCGUGGGCAUACAGGCUUUACAGGGCCCGGCCCGCAGCAGGGGCAUCCCGGACUGGGGAUUCAGGGAAAGCCGGAGUCGGGAGAGACGUGGAUGGUGCUGGACCGGCCAAAUUGGCUGGGAAAUCUCCCCAGGGAGGGCGUCUGGGGCUGAGGCGGAAGCAGAUCGGCAGGAACACAACUGGAGGAGCCGCUGAGACACCCGCUCCGGGAGCAACAGAGGUUCAGAUUCUUGAAGGUCCAAAGGAGGAAGAUUGGAGAGGAGCGGGUUCAGAGCUGAGCCCUGGGCAGUCUGCCCCAGAUGAGGAGGGGCCAUGCCCUAGACUGGCCCUGAGCCCAGAACCAUCUCCGAGGGGCAACAUGGAGCAGGAAACGGUAUGUGAGGGGCACUAUGCUCUCUCCCAGCUUGUCGAGAGCUCUAGGGCUGGUCUCUACAGUGAUGAUUGUGGGAAUGAGGUGGCACAGGGAUACAAGGUCAGCCUCAGCUGGGGCAGGGAACACCAGGGUGGGAAGUGGGCUGCCCAGCCCAAGGGAGGGAAUGCCAUGAGCAAGACCCCAGUCUUCUCCCAGACAGCCGGGACCCUCAGGGCCACUUCGCACCUAGGGAUGGCAAUGAGCCAGUGGGACCACCAAGUGGACGCCUUGCAUACCUUCUCCUCGGUGGCCGAGGUCCAGGUGGAGGAAAACUACAUCAGAGAAAAGGGGACGACACCCCAAGAAAGGAGUGGUCCAGGGCGGCAGACACCUGGCCCGGGACCCCGACUCCGAGGAAAGAUCUAUGACUACUUUGUGGAGUCCACCUCCCAGUCUGUGUCAAGGGACAGGCUGGGGCUGGGGGCCAGGGUCCCCGAACCUUUUGGGAUUGUGGCUGUGACCCAGGCCCUGGGGCCUGGGGCUGCUGGGCCCGGGGGCAGCUCCCCUCCCAGUGCCUGUGCCCCCAGUCCAGUGGGGGACCCCGAGAACCCCGCUGGUGAGACCAGCAUGGUGGGGCCAACUAUCCCACUCCCACCAUCAGCACUGGGGCGUGGCUUUGGCAGGAAGGAGAGUUUCCUCCAGAUCGUGGACAAUCCGGAGUUGCAGCUGCAGCUGGAGGGCUUCAGUGCCCCUGACAACAGCACUGGGGAAGACCUGGGCACUCAGCACUAUGACCCCUUGGGUUCCCCAAAACCCACCCAGUUGUCUGAUACCACUGGAGCCAGUCAGGAGCCCCGGCUGGAGCUGGUGGCUGGAACUAAUUUCUUCCACCCCCCACUCGCUCCCAAGGCGGCACCCCAAGUCCACCUCGACCUGGGUAACUGCUUGAACGUGUUGUCCAUGGCCAAGAAGCAAAGGCUCGAUGACCUCAAGGAGGCAGCCUACCGAGUCAUGAGCGACAACUACCUGCAGGUGCUCAGAAGCCGGGAUAUCUUUGGGCAGCUCAAUGCGGCUGAGCGUGAGCUGAUCCUACAGCGGCGCCUGAGGGGCCGGCGGCGUCUGGCUGUGCUGGACGUUGGCCCACGGGAGGGAGUGGGGAGACUCUGCUACUAUGACGACGCGGGAGACUCCUGGCACCUGCUGUCCCUCCUGCCCCAGGAGGUUGUGUCCCGGGGCUGUGCUGUCGGCUGCCUCUUCAAUUACCUCUUCGUGGUAGCCGGCUGCGAGGGGCCGGGAAGUGCUUCUGGCCGGGUCUUCUGCUACAACCCCUGCACGGACAUCUGGAGUGAAGUGUGUCCGCUCAACCAGGCCCGGCCCCACUGCAAGCUGGUGGCCCUGGAUGGGCGCCUCUAUGCCAUCGGUGGUGAGUGCCUGAACUCGGUAGAGCGCUACGAUCCCCGUACAGACCGCUGGGACUUCAUCGCCCCCCUGCCCGAUGACACCUUCGCCGUGGCCCACACGGCUGCGGCCUGCGACGGGGAGCUAUACGUGACCGGAGGGACCCUGCGUUACUUGCUGCUACGCUCCACAGACCGAGUGGGCCGCUGGCUGUCCGAGCCCACUGGGGGCGGCCAGGACCGGACUGCCGAGAUGGUGACCGUCGGUGGCUUCCUGUACCGCUUUGACGUGGACCGCUCCCUGGGCCUCAGCGUCUACCGCUGUGGGGCUGGUGCCCGGCUGUGGUCUGAAUGUGCGACCCGCCAGCCACCCUGCCCGACCCCCUUCCGCUGUGCUGUGGCCGAUGGCCUUAUCUAUUGUGUGGGUCGGGAGUUCUGCCUCCGCUUCAGGGCCGACUGCAUCUCACCCGGCUUCGAGCCCAAAGAGUUGAAGGCCCCCCCUUCCCCUCUGGGGUCCCUACUGCCCACUGUGCUGGUGUUGCCCCCUCAUGACCUGGUUCAGACCUGUGUCUAGCGUCUUAGCUCGGGCCUAGCUCUGACCUGAUUGGGGCCUUUCUCUAGCCUUACUUUAGCGUGGUUCUUCCCUUUCUCUGACCUUACUCUAGCCUUUCUCUGGCUCAGGCCUUCCCCUCACCUUGUUCUGCCCUGGCUCUGGGCCUCAGGAGGCAGAAUCUGUCACCAUGGGCAGCCUUUGGACAAAAGCAGAACUGUCUGAUCAGAGCCUGGGACCUGUGGGGAGAUGUAGGGAGGGGAAAGGACUAUGGCUGAAUCUGGACACGGGGACACCAGCAGGAGCAGAUUUAAUCCUGGAAAAUUUUCAAGCUGCAGAGUUUGGUUAUUUGCCACUGGACAUCUGACAGAUGGACUUGGGGGGUGAGGCAAGUCGAGGAUGGAUCAAGAGAAGGAGUUGAGCCAAGAUGAGCAAGAGGGGCUAGGGAUGGAAGGUGGGACCAGAACCCCAAGUGAGGAAGAGCCACUCUGUUCUUGCUGGACUCACCAAAGCAAAAAAAAAAAAAAAAAAAAAAAAGAUUCUUUAAGUUAUUUGGAAUUUCAGUUGAUGAUUGGAAGCUCUUUGACUAGGCUCUCUACUCUAUCCCUUCUACCACAGCCCAAAAUGCCUCAAAUAAUCAAUCAUUCAAUCAAUGGUGUUUAUUGAGCACUUACUACAUGCAGAGCACUGUACUAAGACAUG